AUGUACGCUCUUUUGCGCCAGCAAAUGCUUCGCGCCGGUAUGCGCAUGCGCUUGCACCCGGUGGCUGGACUGCACACGAGUGCAGCUCUGCGCGAGCUGAGUAAGUUUACUAUGCCUGCCAUGAGUCCCACGAUGGAAUCCGGUGGCAUUGCUGCUUGGCACAAGAAAGAGGGUGAGUCGUUCAACAGUGGGGAAGUUUUGUUGGAAAUCGAAACGGACAAAGCGACCAUGGAAGUGGAAGCGCAAGACGAUGGUGUAUUGGCCAAGAUUAUUUCUGGUGAUGGCUCGAAGGAUGUGCCCGUGAAUAAAACCAUUGCUAUUUUUGCUGAAGAGGGUGACGACCUGUCUGGUGCAGAAGCUCUAGCUAAGGAAGCUGAGGGCGAAGCUGCGGCAUCCAACCAGGCUGAAGAGGCGAAGAAGGACGAAUCUAAGGAGGAGGCGAAGAAGGAGGAGGCGAAGAAGGAGGAGUCGAAGAAGGAAGAGCCAAAGAAAGAGGCGCCGCCAAAGACAAGCUCUGAAACUCAGCCUUCAGGUGGCAAGCCGCUUGACCAUGUUUUCGCCACUCCUGUGGCCAAGCGCAUCGCUCUGGAGCGUGGUAUUCCUUUGCUGCAAAUCAAGGGCUCGGGUCCUGAGGGUCGCAUUCUGAAAGAAGAUGUCGAGAAGUAUGCGUCGGGCGGCGGUGCUUCCGCUGCUGGUGCUACGCCGUCUCAAGCUGCUGCUGGCCCAUCUUACACGGACCAGCCGAUCUCGAACAUGCGCCGCACGAUUGCUAAGCGUCUGACGGAGAGCAAAGCAACGCUGCCGCACUACUAUGUCACGUUUGAUAUUGAAAUGGACCGCGUUCUGCAGCUCCGUGAGCUGUUCAACCGUGCAUCGGCAGAGGCUGCGAACGGUAACGCCGAGAAAGCCAAGGACGCCAAGCUCUCUGUGAACGAUUUUAUCGUUAAAGCUGCCGCAAUUGCGCUUAGGCAAGUGCCAGCUGCGAACUCGGCGUGGCACGGUGACUUUAUCCGUGAGUACCACACGCAGGACAUUAGCAUGGCUGUGGCCACCCCUAAUGGCCUGAUUACGCCUAUUAUUCGCAACUGUGGUGCUCUGGGUCUGUCGGACAUCGGCCGGAUGAGCAAGGAACUGGCCAAGAAGGCCCGUGAUGGCAAGCUCAAGCCGGAGGAGUACCAGGGUGGCUCGUUCACGAUCUCCAAUAUGGGUAUGAUGGGCACAUCGCACUUCACGGCCAUUAUCAACCCACCCCAGAGCUGUAUCCUGGCCAUCGGCGCCUCAGAGUCUCGCCUCGUUCCUGAUGAAUCGAGUGAAAAGGGCUUCAAGACCGUGCAGGUGAUGAAGGCCACUAUCUCGGCGGAUCACCGCGUUGUGGACGGUGCCAUGGCAGCGCAGUGGAUGCAGUCGUUCAAAGCGGCGCUCGAGAACCCGCUCUCCUUCAUGCUGUAG